AAAAGUCAUAAAAUCUACACCUACUUGCACCUUCACUCACCUGAAUCCUGCCUUUUCUCUCUCUCUCUCUCUCUCUCCUCCGUAAAUCCCUAUUCCAACCACUGUUCUUUCCCCCCAUUACCAAUUCUUCUUGAUUAUGUUUCUACUUUGAUCAAUUGGGGGAAUCUCUUAGCUGGGCUGACAAUUUUGGGCUAAAAAUUGAAUCUUUAUUUGGGGGUUUGGAGUUAUUAUUAAAUGGGUAUUUGCUAUUCGUCGGCCCGUGGAAAGCGGAGCACGGGGUGGGAAACCGGCGACGAGAAGACGGAUUCCCGCCUGAAGAAGAGCAGCUCCGGCGAUUUCUCCACCUUUAUCAGUAAAUUGAGCGGCGGCGGCGGCGCCGCCACCGCCGCCGUGGUAGCGGAGGAGCGGGCGUUGCAUCAAAUCCCGGGGCGGCUCUUCUCGAAUGGGGCAAGCCGCAUCGCUAGCUUGUACACUCAGCAGGGAAAGAAAGGGACUAAUCAAGACGCCAUGAUUGUUUGGGAGAAUUUCUGCACGGGAGAGGAUUCGAGGGCGACUUUCUGUGGAGUUUUUGAUGGCCAUGGCCCUUAUGGUCACAUGGUGGCUAGGAGAGUGCGGGAUGCUCUUCCGGUUCUGCUGCGUUCUCAGUGGGAAAGUAAGGGUGAAGAUGAGCAGAAUCAUGUGCAGGAGAAUGUGGGGUUUGAAGGAAUGAAGCGAUUCGAUGACUUCAUGGAUGAGGAUGGAUGCGAAUCAGUGGAAGCAGAGGAGGUUGAGAGAGUGCCUGAGAUGCAUAUUCCACUCAAGAAUUCAAUUCUAAAGGCUUUCAAGCUGAUGGAUAAGGAACUCAAGUUGCACCCUUCUAUCGACUGCUUUUGUAGCGGUACAACUACCGUGGCCUUGAUAAAACAGGAUCUUGAUCUUAUAAUUGGGAAUGUUGGCGACUCCAGAGCAGUACUUGCAACCCGGGAUAGGGACGAUGUUUUGGCAGCUGUACAAUUAACCGUCGACUUGAAACCUAAUCUUCCAAGAGAAGCCGCAAGGAUCCAGAAAUGCAAAGGAAGAGUUUUUGCUUUGCAAGAUGAACCGGAAGUAGCACGUGUGUGGCUACCCAAUAGCGAUUCACCUGGCUUGAACCAUGGAACACACCACCGCAACCAAAGCCAGAACCCGAAUGCCGGAUUCGUGCAUUUGAACACUUAUGCCAUGUUUGAUAGGGUAGAUAACUCAUCUAGAGAUGAAUUCUAUGAACAAAAAUGA